AUGUCAAAUGAUUUUGAGAUUAAACGAUCUGGACUCUCUAUCUCAACUUCAUCCUUUGAUGCCUUUUGUGAAGAAUUAUCAAAGAAUGAUAAUAAAUUAGAAAGUCAUCCAUUAAGAGGAUGGAUGAAAAAAAAGAGUCCCGCUCUCUUAAAAGGAUGGUAAAAGAGAUAUUUUAUGUUAAUUGAAAAUCCUUAAGAUAAAAGUUGGAAAUUAGUUUAUUUUGAUAAUGAUGUAUAAAAAACUAAAAUUGUGAAUGUAGAAAUCUAAUACAAAACCCAAUGGUGCAUUUGAUCUUUAAGCUAUCACUUCUAUUUAAUAAGUAUCUAAAAAAGAAUUCACCAUUAAUUUCCCAGGAAGAAAAUUAGAACUUAAAGUUAAACCUCAAGACACUUACCAAAAGUGGGUUAAUACUCUGAAUGAACUUCGAUUAAAAAAUAAUCUAGAAAGAACUAAACGAUAAGUUAGCAUUGAUUAAGUUCUUAAUAUAUCAAAUGAUAGUCCUAUAAAGAGUAUCUAUUUAUUUUAUUUUGUAGUAACUUCAAAUCAUAAAAUUGUUGAUAAUAUUACUGUUUAGUAAGCCUAAGCAUAAAAGGAGAAAUAAUCUAAUUCUAUAUCUAUUGAACCGCAAAAAGAUAAUAAGAAGAAGUAAGAUAAAGAAAAACUAAAUCAAUUAUCGAAUGAAAAAAUGAUUGAGUUAUGUGGAUUGAAAGAAUUCAUAAAGAAUAUGAAUGAAUAGUUUAUUUAUCAAAGAAUGAUUUAUGGAUAUUUAGGUAAGAGAAGCAAAGGUAAAGUUAAAUAUUUUCAAAAAAGAUGGUUCAUUUUAGUAUCUGCUAAACCUUUGGUAUUAUUUAGUUUUUAUUAUAUUAAAGUAUUAAGAAUACAAUGAUGAAAAGAUCUUAACAGAAGCAUAAUUACCUACAUGGUUGGAAUUAGAUACAAUUACUUAUUUUAAAGAAAAAGAAGAAGGCAAACCUCCAGAAGCAAAGGGAGAUGUUCGUAUGAUUGAUUGUUAAGAGAUAAUCAUAAAAGAUAUGUCUAAAUCAAAAGAAAGUGGGUUUACUUUUAAAUUAAAUAUGGGGGAUAGAUUAUAUCAUUUAAUGGCAGAUAGUGAAUAAGAACGUAUGAAAUGGAUAUCAGCUUUGAAUCUAUCAAUAAAAACAACAAAGGAAAUUCAGAAUCUAUUAAAAAUAAAAAUAAAAAAGAAUAUAGAUCCUAUAAUUAAAUUAUAUGAUGAAGAACAUCAAUUGAUGAUAAGAAGAGAAAAGAUAAGACAAAAAUUAGAGUAGGAUAUUUCUUAAAUAUUGGUUCAGAAUGAUUAAAAUCUGACUAUAUUAGUAAAACAAUUAAGUGAGUUACGAUAAGACAUGUUAGAAUCAAUGUAAGCAUGUAUAGUGAAAGAUCCAUAAAGAAAAGAUAUAAUAAAAGAAUAUACUGAUAUUUAUCACGAAAAGAUUUGUGAUAGAAUCACAGUGUUUUGGGAUGAACACUAUAAAUAAAUGCAAGUAUUUUAUACUAAAAUGAAUUUAGUUACCUGAAUUAUUAAUUUUAGCUUCGUGGCUAAACGAUUACUUAAAUUAGAUGAAAGAUUUCUUUAAUGAUGAUAGGAUCAUUUUUGGAAUAAGAGUGCUCUUUAAUAUUUAUGUUAAUAGAUAACUUGAAAAUUUAGAGUCAAUAUUAAAUUCAAUCAUAGAACAAGAAAAAACAUAAGAACCUACUUGUAAUGAUCAAUAACUAUUGAUUACUUAAACUCCUGUAGAUUUAUUUAAAAUUAUAAAUGAAGGAUUUGAUAUGGCAUAUAAAUUAUGUCCUUGUAAAGAGAUUAGCUUGAAACUUGCUGGAUUUGGUAAAACUAUAUUGUAAUAAUAUUAAUAUGGAAUUCAAGAGAUGAUUGAUGAAAUACAAUUAUAAAUACCAAAAUUAAUUGCCAUUUGUAAUAAUACAUUAGCCUUGCAUGACAAUACUAAGAAUUAUAGUAAAAUACUUCAAUAAGGUGGUAAUUUGAAUGAAGAAGAGAUUGAUAAAAUAUUUGAUUCUUAGAAGAUCACCAAAAAUUUUGUUUAAAUAGCCAAUACUUGUAGAGAUAAAAUAUUUUACUUUUAUUUCAGUCGUAUUGGAAUGCAUUUCAAAAAAUCCUUUCUCGAAUUAUAAAUAAUUGAUAUUCUCAAAAUUAUAAUUGAACCAGCAACUGAAACUCUAUAUUAAUUACAUGAUAGUUUUAGUAGAAAAUUAUGGAAAUAACUCCUGGAUUAAAUAGUUCUAUAUUAUUUUAAUUAAUUUAUUAUUUCUUGUGGAAAAGCUAAGAAAGAGAAUUAAAAAGAAUUUAAUACUAAAUUAGAAAAUGAUAAAAUUAUUUUAAUAUAGGAAUUAGAAACUUUCAUUUUCGAAAAAUAGUUGCUUGCCUCAUUAAAACCAUUUGAUGAUAUGAUUAAUUUUAUGAAUGAAGAAUCUCUUAGUAUUUUGGAUCCAUGUAAAAAUUUGAGGAUGUAUUUUGGAAGAGCAUUUACUGAAAAAACAAUAAAAUCUAUAAUGUGUAUUCGAUUUGAUUUAGAUAAAGAAAAAAAGAAAGACACAAUAGAAUUCUGUAAAAAUUUAAUUGAUGAUAUAAACAAAAAUGAACCAGUAGAAAAUUAGAAUAGAAUAAUGGAAGUAUUAGGUUAAGAAGAAGAUGAAAUAUCUCAAUAAAGUUUAAAUCAAUAAUUUCAAUAGAAUUAAUAAUAAGAAAAUAGAAGAGCAGAUAUAUUUUUAGAUUUUCGUAAUGAUGAUUAAUUAUUGGUAAUUUUUAUAUAUUUAAAUUAGAUACCUGAAUAAUAAGAGAAACGAAGCUCUGUAGAAAAAAAAGAAUUUAUAGAUGAAGGUUAUUUAAAUAAGAAAAAACCAAAAUAGAAAGGUUGGGAUUACAGAUAUGUGAGAAUAAGAAAAGGUUAAAUGUAUUGGUAUAUUAAUGCAAAUUCAAGAGAAGCAUAAAAUAAAAUAAAUCUAUAAAAUAUAGAUGAAGUAAUAGCAAAUACAAAAAAACCAGCUAAUUUUAAGAUUUAGUUAGAAGAUCAAAAAAUAUAUAAAUUUAAGACAUAAAGUAAAGAGGAAUGUGAAUUAUGGAUAAAAUCAAUUUUAAAAGAGUAGAAUUAAUUAGAUUAAUCUUUACUAAUAAUAGAAGCAAUAGUAUAUAAAUUUAAUAAUUAGAAAAUUGGAAAUGGGAAGAAGGCAAUAAUAUAAGAUUAUGAUGAAAUAGCUAGGAAAGAACGUCAAUUAUAAAAGCAAGAGGAAAGAAAAAGAAAGAGACUAGAGAGAGAAAAUGAGUAUUUAAAUUGCUUAUAUUAUUUAGAAUAAAAAGGAAACAGCAAGAAAAAAAGUUGUUAUAACAAUAACAACUAAAAGAGCUAGGAGAUAAACCUAAACUUCAUUAGGUUGAAGCAUUUGAAUAAUAAAUAGAAUAAUCAGUAAUGAAAUAGUAAUAUAAUUAGGAUAAGAAUUAAAAGUAAUCGACUUCUUGUUGGACUCAAUUUUUAAUAGCAUUAGGAAUUGAGAGACCAAAAUGA